UUCCGCAAACACCAGUCUCUCUGCAGUUUCUGAACUACAGAUGUGUUUCAUAUUGACAGGUGACUCCGGGGACUCUUCUCUUUGCCACAGACCAGCUUAUGACCUCACAUAAGAAGAAUGGAGGAAAGGAACAGUAGUGGAGACCUCCUACCAGUGGAUCUAAAUACCCCAGACUGGGGCACUAACAUCACAGCACCAAAUGGAAGAAACCACACUGGGAUUCCACUUUGUGGCAUCAUGUUCUGUACCAUGAUUUUCCUGUCCCUCAUCAUUGCCCUGGUUGGGCUGGUUGGAAAUGCCAUAGUGUUGUGGCUUCUGGGCUUCCACAUGCGCAGGAAUGGCUUCUCUGUCUACAUCCUCAACCUGGCUGGGGCUGACUUCCUUUUCCUCUGCUUUCAAAUUGUACAUUGUAUUCAUAUUAUUUUGGACAUCUUCUACUCCAAGACCGUUGACACACCUCUGUUUUCUUUUGUUGUGUCAAACUUUUCUUAUCUUUGUGGCCUCAGCAUGCUCAGUGCCAUUAGCAUUGAACGAAGUCUGUCUGUCAUGUGUCCCAUCUGGUAUCGCUGCCGACGCCCAAGGCACACAUCAGCUGUCACAUGUACCCUGAUUUGGUUUCUGUCCCUGCUGUUAAGUCUUCUGGAAGGGAAGGGAUGUGGCUUGUUAUUUGAUGGUCUUGGCCCUGAUUGGUGUCAGACAUUUGAUUUCAUCACUGCUGCAUGGUUAAUUGUUUUAUUUGUGGUUCUCUUGGGGUCUAGUCUGGCCUUAAUGGUUACUAUCUUCUGUGGCUCUCACAGGAUUCCUGUGACCAGGCUGUUUGUGACCAUUAUGUGCACAGUUCUGGUCUUUCUGUUCUUUGGUUUGCCCUAUGGGAUCUAUCAGUUUCUCUUAGAAUGGAUUGAAAAUUUUGAUUAUGUUGUGCCUUGUGAUUUUUAUUCUGUGACACUAUUUCUCUCCUGUGCCAACAGCUGUGCCAAUCCUGUAAUUUACUUCCUUGUUGGCUCUAUUAGGCAUUGUAGGUUCCAGAGGAACACUCUCAAGCUCCUUCUGCAGAGAGCCAUGCAAGAUACUCUUGAGGAGGAAGAAUGUGAAGAGAAGAGUUCUUCAGAAAGAUCUAAAGAAAUGAAAAGAGUCUGACAGUGACUGAGAUCUGUUUUGUUCAGACAGAGUUAGCUUUGAGAAACAACUUUGUCCUCAUCAGUUUGUGGCAAUUUCAUAACCUUGUUUAGUUGAUGAUCUGAAGUUAAAUCAGUUGGGAAAGUAGUAAAUCUUGUCGAAGUUGAUUGAUACUGGACUUGUUAUACAAAUACUGACUGCAGCAUUUCUGGAGCUGUCACACUCAGGGCUUCAUCAUCUCCUCUUUAUGGGAGUCCUUAGAAGCUCUCUGGGGUCCUGGAGAACUGUUGAGCACUAUUGACAAAUCCCUCCUUCAGCAGAAGCGUCAAGGAAAUGCAGUGAAAAUCUUCAUUUCUUUGGUCACUGAGCAUGAUAGUGGUUAAAUCCAUG